UCCACGUCAAUUUGUGGACGAACCCGAGAAUCUCUAUAUAUGCACCAUGAUGAAUACUAUAGCUUGUAGGAUAAAGUUCUCCGUAGAGGGCCACGGAAUUGUUCGCCCCGUCGGCGUGAACUUGCAGCCCAUCCGCGGAGGAUCAGUCCGCGUUGUCACCUCUCGGCAUGAAAUAGUCAUCGCUUGCGACGCACUCCGCAAUCCACAGCUCUUGAUGCUCAGGUACGGCUCCACAUAGUUACUAGUGUU